CGAAUGUUUUUUUUUUUUUUUUUGUAAAAUUAUUCGAUUUCUGCAAAAAAAAUUAGACUGUUCGAAUAACGAAAAAUCAAUUAUCAUUAAAAUUAGACUGAAAGCAUUUUCGUUUAAUCGUUUGAACAACAAGGAAAAACAAGUUGAAAAAAAAGGAAACCAAAUGUCAUCGAAUGAACAACAACAACAACAACAACAACAACAAUACUUUAAAGAUGAACAAGAGAUUGACCAAUAUCGUAAAGAUUGGGAGAUUGAAGAUCAUUGGCAAAUGAGAAAAAAUUUUAUGUUAGCUCAUUAUGAUCAUAUAGCUAAAGAUCGUCUUUUAUGUUAUGCACAACUUUAUGUCAACAUAGAAGUUCUACAAAACGAGUACGAUCAAGCAUUAAUGAAUGAAAUUAAAGCAUUGGCAUCGAAGAUACCUUUGGCUAAUUUAAAAUCAAAACAACAACAACAUUGAUUCGAAUAAUAAUAAUAAUGAGGUAAACAUGUUUACUGUAAAUGUUUGAAGAAAUCUAUGAAUAGAGUUCACCUUGAACUUGAUCUUAAGUCAUCGAA